AAAACCAUAAUCUCUAAAAUGCAAGGACUUGAAUCAAAAAUAUUACAAAACUAUGAGGGCCAAAAUUGUAAUUUACUCUAAAAAAUACAAAACUAUGAGAUCACCGUCAGACGCUUUUAUAGGCCAGAUUCUAGAAACAGCCAACGCCGUUGAACUUUUAUCUACCUUACACCACUGGACCUCAGUUAGCAGUCACCGGACCACCAACCUCGAUCAUGGAAGCCAUAGGAGUACUCAUGACGUUUCCGAUGUCUCCUUAUCUCGAACAACAACUCGAUAAGCGUUUCAAUCUCCUCCGUCUCUGGAACUUCCCUAAAAGAAAUGAUUUCAUAAAGGAGAACGCCGGUUCUAUUCGAGCGGUGGUCGGAAACGCCAACGUCGGUGCCGAUCGGGAAUUGAUCGACUCGUUGCCGGCUCUGGAGAUUGUAUCGAGUUUCAGUGUGGGGUUAGAUAAGGUGGAUUUGGUGUACUGUAAGGAGAAAGGGAUUAGGGUUACUAAUACACCUGAUGUGUUGACUGAGGAUGUGGCUGAUUUAGCUAUUGGAUUGAUGUUGGCGACGUUGAGACAGAUUUGUGAGUGCGAUCGGUAUGUUAGAGGUGGAUUAUGGAAGAAAGGUGACUUCAAAUUGACUACUAAGUUCAGUGGCAAAAAAGUUGGAAUCAUAGGUCUGGGGAGAAUAGGCACAGCAAUUGCUAAAAGAGCUGAAGCAUUCAGCUGUCCCAUUAGUUACUAUUCCAGAUCAGAAAAACCAGACUCGAAGUACAAAUACUUCCCCACCGUUGUCGAACUGGCUUCCAAUUGUCAGAUCCUCGUUGUUGCGUAUCGGGAAAGUAGUGUGGUUUUAUAA